UGGUGAUCUCAUGUACUUCAAGGGAUUCAGAGGAAAAUCACAAAUCAUUUCUGGAUAUUUUCUAGCAUUUAAAGUCAUAAGGAGCAAGCUGCUAGUGGAUUGUGAACAGCUGGUGAGGCACAUGAAUGUUCAUGGUGUCUACUGACAAAAAAUGGCUUGCUAAACCAAGUGGCUGAUGUGGGAUAAAGAAAAGGAAAAGUUUACUGUACAGUAAUGCUGAGCUGAGUACUGGCCUCACACAAAAUGUAGGUGCUGUUUUUCAGGAUGCGUCUAUCAGACAAUCAAUAUAGGAGCCCAGAGUUGCUUUUUAGGAGAGGACUUCUACUGCUUUUGGUCAACAUUCAGUGGAUAGACAGCUGCCCCAAGAGUUGUCAAUGUACUGACAUCAGUGGAGCCAUGGUUGUUCACUGCAGCUCCAAGAACUUGGAAGAAAUCCCAUUUGACCUUCCAAUGGAAACAGUGUCUCUAAAAUUAGAUGCAAAUAAAAUUCAUCAGGUGCCAAACAAUGCCUUUAAAGACUUGAGUUAUCUCCAGGAGUUGGACUUGUCACGGAAUUCCAUUGAGAAAAUUGAGCAGGCUGCCUUUAAAGGGGUGGCUGAAGGCCUACGAUUGUUAGAUCUAUCAGGGAAUCAGAUACACAGCAUCCCCAAGGAAGCUCUGGCCAAGCUGCGAGCUAAAAUACGGUUAUCUAACAAUCCUUGGCACUGUGACUGCUCUCUUCAGGAGGUGCUGAGGGAACUGAAGCUGGAUCCAGACACAGUUAAUGAUAUCUCCUGCCAGACCUCAGUCCAGGAUGAAUACGUGGGCAAGUCUUUAAUCCAAGUGCUUGACUCAGGCAUCAAUUUUUGUAAUAUUCACCAUAAAACCACUGAUGUGGCAAUGUUCAUCACAAUGUUUGGCUGGUUUGCCAUGGUGAUUACCUAUGUAGUAUAUUACGUAAGACACAAUCAAGAAGAUGCUAGGAGGCAUCUGGAGUACCUUAAGUCAUUGCCAAGCACCCAGUUAACUAAAGAUUUUGACACAAUAAGCACUGUACUAUAGUAACAAAUGCACCUCAGGACACUAAAAUAUGUAAAUGUAUUAACCCCUUGGUUGUCAUAGAGUGCUGCAACACAUUGUGUUGCUUUUCUCACUGGCACACAAAGGUUUGAAGGGACUCAUUUAACCCUUUAAAAUGGAAAAAAGGAAGAGACUGAAUUUUUACAAGCUAGAGUUAUAGCAUUGUCAAUUAAAAAAAAAUUGAAAAUCAUAUGAAUAACAAGUAACUUAUUUUAGUAUACAAUACAGCUUGUGAAAUAAAUUGGUGUUAAAAUAAAAA